CGGUGGGCAUAUCAAAAGUCGGUAGGAUUACAGGUAAAUGGACAUUUCUGGUCACUCUGAUGCACAUUCACAUCGCUGCGCGCUCGUUGACAGUUGGAGCAAAACAAAGGCUACAAGGCCAGCCAGUGCCAAUGUCUCAGUGCGAAUUAAAAACAUACAAUUUCUGUAGGCAAAUUCCCCUUUUCCCUGCCCGUGCACAGGACGGACGGAUAGACGGUACGGGAGUGUGAAACUAAAUAAAAAAAAAAUCAAAACUCUAUCAACCCCACGAUAGAACACAUCAAAAGAGGAAAGUUCACCGUCCGACAGUAGCCGGAGACGGGAACGUUUCCAUUUCCCGGAAAUUUGUUGCAGCCCCGCAUAUUCGCAUAUGUGUCUGUCAACAACAUCGGGCUGCAUUUCUGUAACACGUAAAACACAUAGCAGGCGAUCUUUGUGGCCGACACCACCGUCCACUGAUCAAUCGAAGCCGUUGGGGGCGCGGAGGUUGAGCAGAGUUGCACCAAUUGCGAUGCCAGUCCCGAUUGAACGCCGAUUGCGACGGUACUGACGGUGAUUUUAGUUUAGAUUUGACGUGUAUAUUGAGCAACCAGAGAAAGGAUUGCUUUCCCCCGGGUGUGUGCGCGUGAUUUUGCCGUGGCGGUGCAUCGUACUAUGCAAAAAUGGACAUCGCAGGGCUGGUGAAGAAGUCGUACGCCGACUAUGGAACUAUGCUGAAAGAUUCUUGGUACACCAUCAACACGGAAGACUUGCACCUGUCGUGGGCCAUCAAGCUGCUGGUGGCCUUGUUUGCCAUCAUCGCCACCGUCUACGUGUGGCGCCGGAAGCAUCUGCGAAAGCUGGAGGAGAAGAUGCAGCUGCAGCACCAGUACGCGUCCCACAUGCGGUUCCGCAAGCGCGACAAGAUGAUGUUUUACGGGCGCCGGAUGCUGCGCAAGGUAAAGUCAAUCUCGGGCCAGGCGUACGGGGGCCAGGGCCGGAAGCGGCGGGCGGUGAUGCGGUUCGCCAAGCGGUUGCUGCUGCGCAAGGACGUGACGCCGACGCAGCUGCUGGUGAUAGAGCCGCCGGCCGAGUACCUGGAGGUCGCGUCCGACGGUAACGAUCGUGUGCCGCCCGACGCCCUCUACAUGCUGCAGUCGAUCCGCAUCUUUGGCCACUUCGAGAAGCCGGUCUUUCUGAAGCUGUGCAAGCACACGGAAAUCAUCAACCUGAUCGCGGGCGAAAGCCUCAUCAAGGUGGGCGACCCGGACGACAGCGUGUUCAUCGUGCAGACCGGGCAGGUGAACGUGUUUCUCAACAAUCCGGACGGCAGCUCGAUCACGCUGAAGGUGGUGCGGCAGGGUGAAUCGGUCACCUCGCUGCUCAGCUUCAUCGACGUGCUGGUGGGCAACGCGAGCACGUACAAAACGGUGACGGCACGGGCGAUGGAAAACUCGCAGGUGAUCCGGCUGCCCAUGUUCGCCUUCCAGCAGGUGUUUGGCGAGUGUCCGGACCUGCUGGUGCGCGUGAUACAGGUCAUCAUGGUGCGGUUACAGCGCGUCACCAUUACCGCACUGCACAACUACCUGGGGCUGAGCACGGAGUACAUCCAGUGCUCAUCGCAGCGCAAAAAGCUACCGAUCGCACCGGCCACGAAGGGCAGCCCGGGGCAUCGGCGCGUGCCCUCCGACCAGGUCCAUCCCGUGCCCCACUCGCUCGUGGGCGAAAUCCGACCGGACAUGCUGGUCGACCUGUCCGAGGGGACGCACAACGUGGGCCGGCGCACGUCCGCCCUGCCGAUCGAACCGAUCGAUCACGCGGUGCUGAAGGCGCACGCGGUCGACGGCUUCAUGCAGGAGCUCGAUCUGCCCGACACGUUCAAGCAGACGAUCGAGGAAAGCAUACUGAUCAAGGAGGUGUCGCCGGGCACCACGCUCGUGCAUCAGGGCGUGCUCGAUGACGUGAUGUUAAUUUUCGUGAUCGCCGGUGGGCUCACGCUUACCCAGUGCCCGCAGAGUGGCCCGAUCGCGCAGGACGCUAGCAAGGCGGGCGGCGAGAAGAUGGACAAUCACACCGUCACCAUCUAUCCGGGCGACGUGGUCGGUGGGCUGGCGGUACUGACCGGCGAGUGCAGCCUGUACACGAUCCGGGCCAAGCACAAUUCGCGCGUCGGGCUGCUCAACAAGGAUGUCAUCUACAGAAUAAUGCGCGAACGGCCGGCCGUAGUGCUCGACAUCGCGAACAGCGUGGUGAAGCGGCUGUCGCCCCUGGUGCGCCAGUGCGACUUUGCGCUCGACUGGAACUUCAUCGAGUCGGGGCGGGCGGUGUACCGGCAGGAGGAAACGAGCGACUCCACCUACAUCGUGCUGAACGGGCGGCUGCGCUCGGUGACGACGCACGCGAACGGCAAGAAGGAGAUCGUGGGCGAGUACGGCAAGGGCGACCUGAUCGGCAUCAUCGAGAUGAUCACGGAAACGCCCCGCACCACCACGGUGAUGGCGGUGCGCGACUCCGAGCUGGCCAAGCUGCCGGAGGGGCUGUUCAACGCGAUCAAGUUCAAGUACCCGAUCGUGGUGACGCAGCUGAUCAGCCUGCUCAGCCACCGCAUCCUCGGCUCGAUGCGGUCGCGCCCGAUCUCGACCAGCUCGUUCACGUCCGUGUCGUUCGACACGAACCAGCAGAUCCAGCACCGCUACUCGACCGUCGCGAUCGUCGCGGUGAGCGACGACGUGCCGCUGUCCCCGUUCACCUACGAGCUGUACCAUUCGCUCAGCACGAUCGGCUCAACCGUGCGCCUGACGUCCGAGAUCGUGCGGAAGGCGCUCGGGGCCGCCAUCAUGGAGCCGCCGAACGAGUACCGGCUGACGAGCUGGCUCGGCCAGCAGGAGGACCGGCACAACAUCACGCUCUACCAGUGCGACAACUCGUUCGGGCUGUGGACGCAGCGCUGCCUGCGCCAGGCGGACGUCAUACUGAUCGUCGGCUUCGGCGACCGGUCGCCGGUGAUGGGCAAGCUGGAGAAGGAGAUCGACCGGCUGGCGAUCCGCACGGCCAAGGAGCUGGUGCUGCUGCACCCGGAGGAGGCCAGCAGCUGCCCGAGCAACACGAUCGGCUGGCUGAACAUGCGGGCGUGGGUGUCGCGCCACCAUCACAUCCAGUGCCCGAAGCGCAUGUUCACCCGCCGCAGUCAGAACAAAAUCGCUGAGCUGUACGAGCGUAUAAUGAAGAACGAACCGUACAUCCAUUGUGAUUUCUCCCGCCUGGCCCGGUGGCUCACCGGCAACUCGGUCGGCCUGGUGCUCGGCGGCGGCGGUGCCCGCGGUGCCGCCCACGUCGGCAUGCUGAAGGCGAUCCAGGAGGCGGGCAUCCCGAUCGACAUGGUGGGCGGUGUGAGCAUCGGCGCGUUCAUGGGUGCGCUCUGGUGCAUGGAGAAGAACAUUACCACCAUGACGCAGAAGGCCCGCGAAUGGUGCACGAAAAUGACCCAAUGGAGCAGGCAGCUGCGCGAUCUGACCUACCCGAUCACGUCCAUGUUUUCCGGGCGCCACUUUAACCAAACGAUUCGCGGCACGUUCGGCGACAUCUGCAUCGAGGACCUGUGGAUCCCGUACUUCACCCUUACCACCGACAUCUCCGCCAGCUGUGCCCGGGUGCACACGCACGGUUCCACGUGGCGUUACGUUCGUUCCUCGAUGUCGCUGAGCGGGUACAUGCCACCGUUGUGCGAUCCAACCGAUGGUCACCUACUGCUGGACGGUGGGUACGUCAAUAACCUCCCAGGCGAUCUGUGGCGUUAUGCACGUGCCAGUAUGUCAGUAGCCGGCAUAUUCCCCCCUAUCUGUGAUACACGCGAUGGCCAUCUGCUGUUAGAUGGUUGCUAUACUAAUAAUGUGCCAGCCGACGUAAUGCGGGCGCAGGGUGCCGCCCAUAUCAUCGCGAUCGACGUCGGCUCGCAGGACGACACCGAUCUGACCGACUACGGGGACGACCUGUCCGGCUGGUGGUUGCUGUACAAGCGCUGGAACCCGUUCACCUCGCCGGUGAAGGUGCCAAACCUGCCGGACAUCCAGUCGCGCCUCGCCUACGUGUCGUGCGUGCGCCAGCUCGAGGAGGUGAAGAAGAGCGACUACUGCGAGUACAUACGGCCACCGAUCGACCAGUACAAGACGCUGGCGUUCGGCAGCUUCGACGAGAUCAAGAACGUCGGGUACGAGCACGGCAAGGCGUACUUCCAAAGCAUGGCGGAGAGCGGGCGGCUGACACGCUUCAACCAGUGGUCGGUGCAUCCGAUCCCGAAGAAGGCAACGCACUCGCUGAAUGAGUACUCGUUCGUCGAUCUGGCGCAGAUCGUGUGCAAGGUGCCGGAAACGUACCCGGAGCGGGGCUACUCGUCCAGCGAGGACGACUACUACGACGGGUACGCGUCGGAACCGUCGAGCAUGCCGCUGAAGAAGGGCUACAACAUGCCGCUGAUGCGGUCGGCCGGUUCGCUCUCGCUCUCCGACAACGAUAUGGACUCGGACGAGCUGGAGAUACCGCGCCCGUUCAAGCCGCUGCCGGGCAACCGGAACCUACAGGCGGUGGCGGCGACAGCGGCCGGCACCGAUGGGAGCUCCGGCGACGGCAAGAAGCCUUUAGAUUAGGGUUAUUUUUUUUUUCUCACUCUCUUUCUCUCCUACUCUCUCGCUUUUGUUUGCGUUCUAUUCGUUCUCCGUGUACGUGUGGCGUAGUUGUAGUAAGCCCGUAGUAGUAGCGUAGUUAGCUGCCACACGGAUGCAAUCGAGUUCCCGUUUUGCGAAUCAGAAGCAUUCAGCUAUUUGUGAAGCGUUUCACCCUGUUUGAUUACGGAGUUUGGUUUUGUUCGGACCAGCCAUAUGGAGAUAGACAUUUUGGUUUGGUUUUAUUUGAAAUUCAAAAAAAAAAAAAACAAUCAUGAAUAGCAAAAACACACACACACCCACAGAGAUCGACAGAGAAUUGUAGCGGAAAUAUCGGGAACAAGGGCAGAGAGGAGCCUGCGCUUUGCUUAUAAUAAACUCGAACGAACGAGUAGAACGACGUGUGUAUAGCCGUAUAGAAAGCAUACAAAGACAGAAAUCGAAUACAAUACAAUCGAAUACACACACACACACACUCACACUCAAAACAUAACGUAGCGGGGAGGGGGAGUAGCCUUUAUUGCAACUGUUGCAAGCACACGAAACACUCAUCCUCAACCAAUGCCCAAAGAUAAUUGUAAUAAAACACCGCCAAAACAACCGCACCCUGGUGCCCCCGUUCCCGCGGGGGCCCGUUCCCGUUCGUUGCAAUAAAUUA